UACUCGUAUGCAUAUUCGGGAUAAGAUAAAACUGCACACUUGCACAACUUCACACCGGCUCAACACGCACAUACGCAGCUGUAACGAUUCUAAUCGAAAAGCACGCGAGCGCGAGGCACAUACGAGGCACUCAGGCACGAGCAGACACGAGCACAAGGCAAACGCAUGGGAAAAUUUGCGAUAGAGUCACAACUGACAUCUCUGCGUCAAUUACUCACAAUGUGGCGCACGAUCAUCUUCGUAAUUUCUGUUGCAGUGACAAUUGCGCCAACGAAUAGCUGUAUCGAAAGACGCCGAUCAAAAGAAAAUGGAGAUGAUGAUGGAUAUUAUUGCGUCUGCAAUGCGGUAUAUUGCGACGAAGCUCCAAACGCGAUUAAGCCAUCCAAUCCUGCCGAAUAUGUCCUGAUAACAUCGAGCAAAAGUGGUCUAUUUUUUAAUGUAUCAAAUGGCGUAUAUGAAAAUGUUGAGGAGACUGACCAUGCAAAACAGCAUUUUGCUAAACAAACAUUAAGAGCAAAAUUUACUACCAUAUUUUCGAAUAUGGAUACUCGGAUAUUUCUUGAAGAAGAAACUGUAAAAUCAUCUCCGCUGGGAAAGAUCACUAUAAAUCGAACGGAUGUAUAUCAAACAAUUCUUGGAUUUGGUGGAGCUGUGACCGAUUCAGUAGCUAUAAAUAUUCACGAUCUAACGCAUGAGACAUCUGACCACUUAAUGAGAAGCUACUUUGGCCCACGUGGUAUCAAUUACCAUUUUAUCAGAACACCAAUGGGUGGCUCGGAUUUUUCAACGAGACCUUACACCUACGCGAUGGUAGAGAACGACACUUCGCUUCACUACUUCGAAUUACAGACAGAGGAUUAUGUUUACAAGAUACCGACAAUAAAGCGAGCUCAAGAAUUAAACAAUGGAAAAAUUAAAUUAUUAACUCUACCCUGGAGCGCCAGUCCUUGGAUGAAAACUAAAAACUCUUGGACGAAUAAUUGUAAAUUACGUCCGGAAUAUCGACAAGUGUGGGCAGAUUAUUUCGUGAAAUAUUUUGAGGCUUAUCGUCGUAACGGUUUAGAAUUCUGGGGUACAACAUGCCAGAAUGAACCAGAAAAUCACAAGUAUAUUCCGUUUGCUCAUACUAAUGGGAUGGCGUUGACAGCAGAGGAAGAGCGUGAUUGGAUUAUAGAACACUUGGCGCCAACUCUGAAGAAGAACGGUUUCGAGCACAUCAAGAUCUUUAUAUUGGAUGAUAGCAGGCUGUCGCUUCCUGAUUGGACAAAAACGGUAUUUCAAGACCAGAAAGCAAGAGAUAUUAUUUCGGGAACCGCGAUCCACUUUUAUCUCGAUGAUUUAAUCGGCCCAAGUGUCUUGGAUGAAAUAAAACAGCUUUUUCCAGAGAAGUUACUGAUGUACACAGAAGCUUGCGCUGCAGCUUUCGAAGAAAAAGACAAAAGCGUAAUGCUGGGUUCGUGGAAACGAGGUGAGUUGUACGCAAUAAAUAUCAUUGAGAGUAUGUCGCAUUGGGUGUCCACUUGGAUCGACUGGAACAUUGCUUUAAAUACGAAUGGUGGACCUAACUAUGCCGGAAAUAACGUUGAUUCUCCGAUACUAGUCAACAGCACUGCCGACGAAUUCUACAAGCAACCGAUGUUCUAUGCUCUUGGACAUUUUUCAAAGUAUGUCCCACCUAACAGCGUGAGAAUCGGUACAACAUCGGAGAAUACUGAGGGAAUUCAAAAUAUUGCGUUUUCUACGCCUGACGGCGGCGUCGUAUUAGUGAUCUUAAAUCUAAACGAAGAAGAGAAAGAAAUUCUGAUCAUUGAUCCGAAGAAAGGAACAACAAGGAUAAAUGUCCUUGGAAAGUCCAUAAAUACCAUGAAAUACUGGUAGAUAUGUAGCGGAAAUACAAAAUCCGCCGUAUAAUGUGUCGAUAAGUAUACACGGCACGUGUAAAAUGUUAACACUUCAAUCAUUUUAGUUUUUUAAACUUCAUUGUCACAAUAUAUCUUGCUGAAGUAUAUAUGGCGAGUUUAAUCUAUUUUAAGAAGAAUCAUUAAGUGUGUGUGUGUCAUGAAAUAAUUUAGUU